AUGGUACUGGGGUCUCUGCUGGCCGGAUGGAUCUUUGCGUCGACGUCGUCGAGACGAGGCUCUGCCUGGGCCAUCGCUGGAGGCCGCCAGGUAAGUGAAUCCUCAGGUAAGUGACAUUCGCUCUGCUUUACUUCCUUACUGGUUUGUUUAAACUCCAUGCCGUAUGCUGCUCUUGUUGUCUCUGUAUCUGCUAGUCUGUGCCUCUCUCUGCUAAUAGCUAGACGUUACUGUGCUCGACUUCGAAUGAUGCUGCUACUUACUUGUCUCACUUGCCUUCGUAAUUGCCUGCUUAAUUCAUGUACUGUCUGCUGCCCUUGUCUGCGUCUGUUUAGCUGUCUAUCAGUCUGUGCCUCUCUCUGCUAAUAGCUUGGUUUUACUGUGUUUGACUUCGAAUGGUGCCAUGCUACUCCUCCCUGACUGAUAACUGUGUCUGCUUGUUCUAGCUGUAAGUCCCAUAGCGUUCUGUUGUGUGUAUGCUCUCUCCUUCUCAAAUUCACCCCAUCACCACCAAGGUCCCAGACUAACUCGGGUCGUUCUCUCAUUAACAAAAAGUCGUGGUCCAUAGUUAAGUUCGGCAGCCGUCCGGGAUAACCGGGCAACCCUAUUUAGGGGGUGCACUUCCUGCCCUCGCGAGGGGAAGGGGCUGGGAAAGGUGUCCUAAAAAUAGCUGGGAACCACGCUGUCUGUAGGCUGGCCGUGGUCGCAGAAAAAACAUAGACGGUCGAAACAGCCAAAACCGAAACAACAACAACAAUCUCUCUUCCUCAUCCCGCCUAUUCUCCUACUUCCCCUAUUCCUAGUUUUCGCAGCCGCAGCCGCAGUCGCCAGACUGGCAGGGUGAGUCCGCUCACUCUAGCAGCCUGGAAUGUUUGUUCCUUUUUAGACAAUCCGAGGAGCAACCGAUGGGAAUGGAGGAAAGCGCUAGUGGCCUGGGAACCGGCGCGCUAAAAGGUGGACAUCGCCGCACUUAGCGAGACUCGAUUCUCCGAACAAGGCCAACUGGAGGAGGUGGGUGCCGGCUACACCUUCUUCUGAAGUUGUCGCCCCAGGACAGAGCGACGAGACGCGGGUGCCGCCUUCGCCAUUCGGAACGACAUCGUGGGACAUUUGCCUUGUCUGCCACAGGGCAUCAAUGAUCGCCUGAUGAGCCUCCGUCUGCCCCUCUGGGGAGGCAAAUUUGCCACCAUCAUCAGCGCCUACGCUUCGCCGAUUACCAGCCCCGACGUCGCAAAAGACAAAUGCUACGAGAAACUGCACGCCGCUUGGCGACUGUGUCGAAGGCGGACAAGUUGUCCUUGGUGACUUCAACGCCGGCGUCGCACAGACCAUGCUGCCUGGAGAGGAGUGCUGGGUCCUCAUGGUCUCCGCGGCUCAAAAGAAAAUAGUCUGCUGCUCCUCCGCACUUGAGCAGAAUGCCGCCUUAUCCUGACGAACACCUUCUUAUGUCUGCCGCAGCUAGAGAAGGCCACCUGGAGGCAUCCUCGGUCGCGUCAAUGGCACCUGCUGGACUAUGUCCUCGUUCGGAGGCGAGAUCAGCGGGGCGUGCUGGUGACAAAGGUGAUCGCGGGCGCUGACGGGUGGGCCGACCAUCGCCUCGUCAUCCCAAAGACGCGUAUUGAUCUACAGCCUCGCAGGAGACCACAAGGUAAGCGACCCCCAUGUAAGCUGAAUACUGCCUUGUUGUCCUUGUCCGCUCACCAUCUUCAUUUCGGCAAUGAGCUAGCUCAACGGUUAGACAAACUCCUAGUCGCUGCAACCGCCGCCGCCGCCGCCGCCGCCGAUGCCGCUGCCGCUGCCGAGAACGCCUCCGUGGAGAACCUCUGGUGUCAACUGCGAGACACGGUCCAGUCGACGGCGCUAGCUGUCCUCGGUUGCGCACACCGCCAACAUCAGGACUGGUUCGACGACAACGACGCCGUCAUCAGCAAUCUGCUCGCCGAACAGAAUCGCCUAAAAAGCCUACGUAAACCACCCCACCGAGGACAACAGAGCUGCUUUCUACCGCAGCCGUCGCCAACUUCAGCAACGAAUGCGCAAGAUGCAGGACGCCUGGACUGCUCGAAAAGCUGAGGAGACCCAAGGCUACGCGGACCGUAACGAAUGGAAGAACUUCUUCUACGCAAUCAAAGCUGUCUACGGUCCGCCGACGAAAGGAACUGCUACUUUCCUCAGCGCCGACGGCAGUACCCUCCUGACCGAGAAGACGCUAUUUAUACAGCGAUGGACAGAGCACUUCCGAGGCGUCCUUAACCGCCCCUCCACCAUCUCCGACGCCGCCAUCGACCGUUUGCCGCAAGUAGAGACCAACGUGGACCUCGACCUCCCGCCAUCUCUCCAGGAAACCAUCAGGGCUGUGCAGCAGCUCUCCAGCGGGAAAACACCCGGAUCGGACGCAAUCCCUUCUGAGGUCAAUAAGCACGGAGGUCCCUAACUAAUGUACCACCUGACUGCGCUCUUCCAGGAGGUGUGGCGUCAAGGGGAAGUCCCGCAAGAUUUCAAAGACGCAACCAUCGUGCAUCUCUACUAACGAAAAGGGAACCGCCAAGUCUGCGACAGUCACCGCGGCAUCUCCUUGCUGAACAUCGCCGGGAAGAUCUUCGCUCGCAUCCUCCUCAACCGUCUGAAUAAUCCUCUGGAACAGGGCCUCCUACCGGAAAGCCAAUGCGGCUUCCGUCGUCAUCGCCGAAUCACGGAUAUGAUGUUUGCCGCCCGUCAACUUCAGGAGAAGUGUCAGUGGAUGCGGACCCACCUGUACUCUUCCUUCGUGAACCUGAUGAAAGCCUUCAACACGGUGAGCUGUGAAGAAAUGUGGAAGAUCAUGCAGAAAUUUGGCUGUCUGGAGCGAUUCGUUCAGAUCGUGCGUCAGCUGCACGACGGCAUGAUGGCGCGAGUCACGGACAACGGUGCUGUCUCAGAGGCAUUCGCAGUGACCAACGGAGUGAAGCAGGGAUGCGUGCUGGCACCAACCCUCUUCAGUCUAAUGUUCUCUGCCAUGCUGAUGGACGCCUACCGUAAUGAACGCCCCGGGAUCCGCGUCGUCUACAGGACGGACGGUCACCUCUUAAAUCAACAAUGGAUGCACUUCCAAUCACGCGUAUCCACAACCACCGUUCACGAACUUCUCUUCGUCGACGACUGCGCUCUGAACACCACCUCGGUAGAGGAGAUGCAAGGGAGCAUGGACCUGUUCUCCACCGCAUGCGAGAACUUCGUUCUGGUCAUCAACACGCAGAAGACGGUGGUCAUGCAUCAACCGCCACCAAACACAGCCACUCCUCCCAACGUGCCACAAAUCAACGUGGACGGAACCCAACUGCAAGUGGUGGAGAACUUUCCGUACCUGGGCAACACCCUCUCCCGUAGCACCAAAAUCGAUAACGAAGUCGCUCGCAGGAUCUCCAAAGCCAGUCAAGCCUUCGGUCGCCCCCAAAGCACAGUUUGGAAUCGUCACGGUCUCCAACUGAGCACGAAGCGGAAGAUGUACAAGGCCGUCAUCCCGCCGACACUGUUGUACGGAGCGGAGACGUGA